CAACAACAGAGAGCAGAAGCCAGCAGAAUCCAGAGCGAGUCCAGCAGCCCCAGUGGAGAUCUGAGAGGAAUGGAGGAGGACAACCAGAACCAGGAGCAGCAGAGCAACCAGGUCCCCAGGAGACCAGCAGCAGACUGGGACUCUGAUACCAAGGAUGUUCAGGACAAGAGAGAAAUGGAGGACGACAACCAGAGCUGGGACUGGGAAUGGGACUCUGAUACCAUCAAGCUCCCCAGAAGACCAGCAGCAGACUCGGACUCUGAUACCAAUGAGGUCCCCAGAAGACCAGCAGCAGACUGGGACUCUGAUACCAACCAUGUUCAGAAACGGAGAGGAAGAAAGGGACCCAAACGUCACCACUGUCAACACUGUGACAAAUCCUUCAAAACAUCUGCAUAUUUAAAGAUUCAUCAGAGAAUUCACACUGGAGACAAGCCUUGCAGCUGUGAUCAAUGUGGGAAAACGUUUUCUCAGAGUAGCAACCUUAAAAGUCACCAGCGCAUCCACACUGGAGAGAAGCCAUACCGCUGUGAUCAAUGUGGGAAAAGGUUUUCUCAGAGUAGCAACCUUAAAAGUCACCAGCGCAUACACACUGGAGAGAAGUCGUACAGCUGUGGUCUGUGUGAGAAAUCGUUCAAAACUCUACAACAUGCUGAAAGCCACCGCCGUGUUCACACCGGAGAGAAGCCCUACAGGUGUGAACAAUGUGGGAAAACCUUUUCUCAUAGUGGUGGCCUUAAAACUCACCAGCACAUCCACACUGGAGAGAAGCCUUACAGCUGUGAUCAAUGUGGGGCAGCUUUUGCUCAGAGUAAUACUCUUAAAUCUCACCAGCGCAUUCACACUGGAGAGAAGCCGUACUGGUGUGAUCAAUGUGGGAAAAUGUUUUCUGAGAGUGGUAGCCUUAAAAAACACCUCCAGCGCCUUCACACUGCCUCGUAGUGAACAUGUUUCAGAGCCAAGCUGUUCCCUCCUGCCUCCUCCUCAUGCCCUGAUAGCUGAGUUUGAGUUUGUUUGUUCAGACUGAAAGUAAAGACACUGAUGAUGUCAUACGUCCUCUGACAUCACAGAGACACACACAUACACAGACACACACAGACAUUCAAAAGCAAACCACUGAUUUAUUCAUCUGAAUAUUUAUCAAUGAAAUAAAACGAGGCCACAUGCUGAUUAUUAGAGACUU